CUUCCUCCGAUCACCACACGAUGGCCUCCGCUCCUGUGUUGAGUUUUCGCCUCCUCACUCCAGGAUGUGUGACUGCCUGCUGCAGAAUUUCCUCAUCACAAUUCACUACUGCUCACAAGCUCAAACCAUUUGGGGUUCAGUUUAUAAGAUGUAUCUUUUGGCAGCGUACCUCCUGCAGUGUUGUCCAUCCAGCUAUUGUUGGACCAUCUUACCCUGUACCCAAGCACAUAAAGAAGCCAGACUAUGUGACGACAGGCAUUAUACCAGACUGGGGAGACUGCAUCGAAAUUAAAGAUGAAGAUCAGAUUCAGGGUCUUCGACAAGCCUGUCAGCUGGCUCGCCAGAUCCUCCUCUUGGCUGGAAGUAGUUUAAAGGUCGGUAUGACAACUGAAGAAUUGGAUUACAUUGUUCAUCAUGAAGCAAUCAGAAAUAAUGCAUACCCAUCGCCAUUGGGUUAUGGCGGUUUUCCGAAAUCUGUUUGCACCUCUGUGAACAAUGUAGUAUGCCAUGGCAUACCUGACAGUCGACCUCUUCAGAAUGGAGACAUUAUCAACAUUGAUGUCACGGUGUAUUUUAAUGGGUAUCAUGGUGACACCUCUGAAACAUUCUUGGUAGGAAAUGUGGAUGAGUCUGGGCAAAAGCUCGUUGAGAUUGCCAGAAGAUGCAGAAAUGAAGCAAUUGCUGUUUGUAGGCCAGGAGCGCCACUGAAUGUAAUUGGAAACACAAUCAGUAAGAUAGCAGAUUCCAAUGGACUGCAAGUUUGUCCUUAUUUCAUCGGCCAUGGGAUAGGCUCUUAUUUUCAUGGGCAUCCUGAAGUUUGGCAUCAUGCUAAUACCAAUGACCUGAUGAUGGAAGAGGGAAUGACAUUUACAAUAGAGCCAAUUCUCAUGGAAGGAUCCACGGAAUUCAGAAUUUUGCAGGACGGCUGGACUGCACUGUCUGCUGAUGGCCUUAGAUCAGCACAGUUCGAACAUACUAUAGCAAUUACAUCAAAGGGAGCAGAAAUUUUAACCAAAUUGCCGGAGGAAGAUGCAGAGUAAACAGGAAGACCAGAGACCCCUUGCAGAUGCAGCAAUGAUAUGCCUUAUAUCCAGAGUGUUUCAAGACGGCACUGCUAACGUCGCUGGUGGACAGUCUUCUCUGCAGGACGGACAUUUGUCGCAUUUGGUGCUUCUCCCCGUGAUAGUUUUGUUUUUCUUGAAAAACCAUAUUUGCUGCAUCGUUUUAAUAAAUGUUUUGAAAACAAUGAUCCAAUAAAUGUGUUCUGUGCAUUGGUGCCAGAAUUGCAGCUGGUCGGACAAAUCUGUACUGUCCCCUUCCAGUGGUGUAGCGCCUGUUCAAAUGUGUGGAGAUUGAUGUGCUGUAUUUUGUUUGCUGGUGGAAAUGAAGGGACCAUAUGAAACGAUUUAAACAACCAAAUUACAGCGUUACCUAGUCGCCUAUUAGAGUUUGAGUUUGAAAGCUAUUUUUCAAGAAAACUGUAACUUCUGCUUACACUUAACUGAAGAACUGGUCUCGUGUUGCCUCAAUAGUGAAAGCAGGCUUCCUUUUAUUUACGCUAAACCAGAAAAGAAAGUGUAGAGCAAGGACAACCGUACUGGUGUUUACAAACUACAAAUUUACAUCAUUUACCAUUUGGUCGAUAAGGAUAAUACCGAGAUGGAUAUAACUCUUUCGAGUCGAAAGACUGGAGUCGAAAUUGUGUAACGUGAAAAGAUGGUCUAAUUUAUCUACUUGCUAUCUUCCAUGUGUAUCAUAUGAAUGGGUGCAUGAAUAUCUUGAGUUAAUGGCCACAGGGACUAACUAGUUGAAAACUUUGCAUCGUGAGGUAUGAUGGUUAUCAUAUCGAAAUGAGUAACAGAGUUGAUAUAC